GACCAACACAACGGCAACUCGCGACUCACCGGAGCCUGAGACUGAGAGCAGAGGAGAGGAAGGUUGUCGUGAGGUUGCAAUGGCGGACAUAGCGCUGCUGGUGGUCGAGGAGUUGGAGCGGGGGACAAAGAGGGCAGCAGCACUGAGGCGGAGGAGCCGAGAACCGCCCGGCGGUGGUGGUGUUGCCUGCUGCCCUGCUUCCGCUUUCGCCUCCGGCUCCGAUCCCAGGAAGCAGAGCGCUUGGGCGAUGGCAUCUGCACCUGCUGGGGUGGGCGUGCCGGUGCCGGUGCCGGGGACGGGGACGGAGACAUCGGGGACAAUGGGGCUGGCCGCCGCCGACGGCUUCUUCUCUGCUUAGCUUUCUCUCCUCUCCUCUUUCCAUGUCAGCUUGUAAAUUGUGUUUUUCUGUAUGUGGUGGUGUUGAAACAUGCGGUGACGGUGGCGUCUGCUGCUUGCAUUGCAUUGUCUGUUUUUCAACCACUAUUUAAUUAUCCAAAACCUUCGGUGAAAA